AUGACUCUGUCUGUCGCCCCCAUUUCCCAGCAGCUGUCGUCCAGCGAUGUCAAUGCUGCUAGCGCCACUUCUGGCGGCAGAGAAACGUCGAAAACCAUUUUGUAUGUCGGCAACUUGGCAAAAACCAUUGCCGAAGACCAACUCAAAGACAUCAUACAGGCCGCGGGCCCGGUCGUCUCGGUGAAGAUCUUGCAGGACAAAAAUAAGUUCGAUUUCAACUACGCGUUUGUGGAGUUUGAGACCGAAUCCGGCGCAGCUGACGCUUUGCAGGCCUUCAACAACACCAUAAUCAACGGACACGAGGUCAAGCUCAAUUACGCGUACCAAUCGCUGACUUUCUUCUCGGCUCAGAACGCAGAUGCCAAUUUGUUUAGUGUCUUUGUUGGUGACUUAUCGCCAGAGGUUGACGAUGAGGCAUUGCGUACUUUCUUCUCCGAGUUCCCCUCCUUGAAACAGGCCCAUGUUAUGUGGGACAUGCAGACAUCGCGCUCGCGUGGUUAUGGUUUCGCAACUUUCAAAGAUAGUGCAGAUGCCCAGACAGUGAUCCACACAAUGAAUGGCCGCAUGCUUCUUGGACGCGCUGUGCGCUUGAACUGGGCCUCUCAUAAACUGUCAGCUCAGAAAUCUGGCGGUGGAGGUGGCAGAGGCUACAAAAAGCCAUUUCGUCAACAAAUGCAGAGUGCCAAUGGGUUUGAUUAUGCGUAUGGUGCACCAGCACAAGAUCUUCCUUAUGACAAUACCUACGGCUUCUCGCCUUCUUUUGGAAAUGCCAUGAAUGACAGCUACAAUAACGUUUACGGUGCAAUGUACAAUGGUACUUUCUCACCGGAAAACGGUGCUCCUCUUGGGUUUAAUGGUACAUUUACUCCUGAAUCUGCCACUUACCCUGCCAAAUACGGCGACAUUCCGGUCGUUGGCUAUAACUCCUCAUUUUCGAGUGCUGAGGGCUACUCCGACAUGAGCGGCCUGGCUCCUACUAGUGAUCCAAAUAUUGGUGGCUCCGCGGGAGGCCUUGAACAAGUACAGCCAAUGCCUGAACCUAUGAUGGCUCCACAAUUCGAUGCAGCAGCCCGCCAGGCGCCCAGCUGGCAAACAACGGUGUACGUGGGAAAUAUCGCGUACUUCACGCAAGAGAGCGACUUGAUUCCAUUGUUGCAGAACUUUGGAUACAUUUUGGACCUCAAGUUUUACCCCGAGAAAGGGUGCGCCUUUGUCAAGUUUGACUCACACGAACGCGCCGCAUUGGCAAUUGUCCAACUAGCAGGGUUCAACUUAAAUGGACGACCCUUGAAGUGUGGAUGGGGCAAGUCAAGACCACCCCAGAAUAUGUAUGGCGGGUUUGUAGCCAGUGCACCGCAGAUGUUCUCUGGAAGACAAUAG